AUGAUUCACCAGUUUUCCUGUCCAAAAAAAAUUGAUAUUAAAGUAGAUAACGACAAUAAUCCCUGGAUGAAAGAAAUCAUGAAGGCUUUCAAGAAGGAAGAGGCCAGGAUGGAGAAAGAAAGACAGAACGAAACAUUACCAGAGAUAAGCUGGAAUUUAUCAGUGGAAAAAAUUGAUACAUUCUUUGAACGUCAAGAUAUACGCGAAUACAAAUUUGACAUCGAUUCAAGAGGAAACGUAUUUAUAGUUGAAUUGAAAAAAGUGGAACACGCAUUUGUUAUUGCACGAUUUAAAAAUUAUUUUGACGUUCCCAAUAGAGAUGUUGCCAAUAAUCCUCCGAUAGAUGUUGCGGGUGCUUUAAAUAAGAUUUUCCUUUGGUGGAAUUUCAGUACUCACAAUUAUCACACUGGUGCUCCUACUACUUGCACAGGACCAGGUUUACUUAAUUAUCAAGUUAAUAUCCCAACCCAGGAUGUAUUCUGGGACUCUUUUGUGAUCAGGGGAGCCUCCUCCACAGUUGGGUAUGCCAUCACAGUCCCCGGUGAAGUCACUGCCCCUAACUUCAUUAUAGAUUUGUAUCAAAUUCAGCAAUUGGUCUUGCUAAACCAAGAAAACUAG